GUCAAAUUUCGCGGUCUAGUUGCACCCGUGAUUUGCGCCACCUAAUAGCGGCGGUGCAUCUCAGAUUUACCGGCGCAACUUCAUAUGUCAUUUUAUGUUUCGAACAUGGCGGCGGCUGCAAGACAGGGUUUAGCGGCUUUGGAUUUCGAUUUGUUCGAAAAUAGUAGUGGUAGUGAUAGUGAUAUUAGUGAUGAUGGUGAACAACGCAUACCAAGGAACGCCUUUCAUAUUCGGCAUAUUUCCGAGAGGAUUCUAUUUCAACAUACACGGUUGAACAGAAUUGUGUUUGAAUAUGUUUUAGGUUUGAUUUCACCGGCUUUGACUAAAAACACUCGAAGCGGACGUUACCUGCAUCUAACACCGAUGCAGAAGCUGUAUGUAGCACUUCAGUUUUAUGCUACAGGUUCAUUUCAGUGGCUGGUAGGAAGCAGUGGCCGCGUUUCACAACGUUCAGCGUCUCGUCUCAUUGGGGAGGUUACUGAAGCGAUCGUGGCCCUUGCUCCACAGUUCAUACGUUUUCCUAACGCUGAAGAGUACCUGGCAGUGAAACAAGUCUUUUACCAGAUAGGACAGACGAAACACGGACGUGGAUUUCCGAACGUUUUGGGUGCAAUUGACUGUACUCACGUACGCAUUCAAACACCAACAACUGCCCCAGAACAAUACGUGAAUCGUCAUAUUUACCAUUCGAUCAUUGUUCUAAUCAUGAUUCGUAUGUGUGGAGAAAUUCUGCUCUUCGAGAAGCCUUAACUGAAGGCAAUUUUCCAGAAGGUUGGCUCGUUGGGGAUUCUGGAUAUCCACAAGAGCCUUGGCUGAUGACUCCUGUGGGCCAUGUGAACACUCCUCCAGAAUUAUUAUAUAAUUCUGUCCAUAUUUCCACUCGAAAUCCAGUGGAGAGGACAAAUGGAGUUCUAAAAAGUAGGUGGCAUGUUUUAGAUUGUCCUCUUAAAUACUCUCCAAGGAAAGUGUGUCGCAUAACAACUGCUUGUUGUGUUCUUCACAAUAUUUGCACUGAACAUAACCUGGAUGUAGAAGAUUUUCAAGAACAUCCACUGAAUGACGAAUUUCCAUGUCAAGAGCCCCAAAAUCCCAAUUAUGACCAAAUUAAAAGACACCUGAUUGCACGAUAUUUUACCUGAUUGCGAUAUUUGACCUGAUUAUGACAUUUACCUGAUUACAACAUUUUACCUGAUAUGGACAUAUAUCUUUGUUUAAUUACAAUAGUGACCUGUAGCCUUUCUUUUUCCGUAGGUAUUAAUUUGUAUCCUUUGCAAACUUAAAUUUACUUCUACUAACCGUCUUAUUUUCAAUUAACAAUACCCUAAUCCCUUCCUUAACCUGGUGGGAAUUUGUCAGCCUCUACGUGGUCUCACUAGAUACUUCCGUAACUGAAUGUUCCACACUAAUAAAUUUAAUCCCUAGUUACCUUUUCUAGCUAGUUAUUAAUAAUGUUAUCAGUAGCACGUUUUGGAUUGCUUUUUUUCUCCAAAGAUUAAUUUCAAAAUUUCAGUUGUGGAGAGUAACAAAAUGGGCAAGAAACAUACAACUUAAUUUUUAAAAUAAUUUAAUUUAAUAUCAAUAACAAUAGUCAACAAUAAAAAAUGUAAUUGGAAUAUUUUCUUAAUUUUGAACUUUUAGUUUUUUUUUAAUUGAAGAUUUUCCUCUAAAAUUUCCAAUUUUCUUUUUUUUAGAGCUACAAUUUGUUCUUUUAAAUCUCUUAUUUCUUGGAUGACCUCAGUUUUAAAACUUUUAAAUUCAGUAACAAUUUCUGAUAAUAAGAGAUUCUGCUGUGUUUGCAGAUUUGUUGUUUUUUUAAUUUCAUCCAACACUUGAGUUUUGGAUUUUCUUUUUGGAAUCUUAGCUGGAGGAAUAGUUGCAGGUAUUAGGGUUGAUGGUGCAGUUUGGGUUUGGCAAAUUUGUGGAGCUGGCAUGAAAUGAAUGGGCGACACUGAAGUUCUGGGAGCAGGUUGACUGGAGGAAGUCGGGCUAGGUACAGCAGAAUCCAUAUUACACUCUAUGAACAAGUGACAAUGAUAAAUUAUAAUUAUUUAAAUAUGAUAUGUACCUAUAUAUUAAGCACAGUAUUGAUGUUGAAAUUAUCUUGUUAUUAAUUUAUAAAUAAAAAUAUUCUAUAAACUCUA